AUGUCGGAGGAGCUCAUCUGGGAGCUCUUCGUGCAGGCGGGGCCCGUCGUGAACGUGUAUGUGCCCAAGGAUCGGGUGACGGGGCAGCACCAGGGGUACGGCUUUGUGGAGUUCCGCUCCGAAGAGGAUGCCGACUAUGCAGUGAAGGUGCUGAACAUGGUGAAGGUGUUUGGGCGCCCCAUGCGCGUGAACAAGGCCAGCCAGGACCGCCGCACUGUGGACGUCGGUGCCAACCUCUUCAUCGGUAACCUUGACCCUGACGUGGAUGAGAAGGUGCUAUACGACACCUUCAGUGCCUUCGGUGUCAUCGUCACCAACCCCAAGAUCAUGAGGGAUACGGAGAGUGGCAACUCCAAGGGCUUCGGAUUCAUAAGCUACGAUUCAUUCGAGGCGUCUGAUGCCGCCAUUGAGGCCAUGAACGGGCAGUACCUGUGCAACCGGGCCAUCUCGGUGUCGUAUGCCUUCAAGAAGGACACCAAGGGGGAGCGACACGGCACCCCAGCAGAGCGACUGCUGGCAGCGAACAACCCGUCCACCACCCGUCAUCGCCCCCACACCAUGUUCGCUGCAGCUCCCCCCUCCGCCCCCCCUCCUCCUCCCCCCUCUCGCCCGCCUCCACCUUCCAUCCCCCCUGCUGCCGCCCCUCCCCCUCCUCGCCCGUACACCUCUCCUGCUCCCCCUGCCCCCCCGCCUGCACCUUCCCCUUACCGCCCCCCUCCUCCCCCAUCCUAUGGCGGUGCAGGCGCGUCCCCUGCUCCCCCUUACUACCCCCCUCCCCAGAUGCGCCCUCCACCUCCAUCCCAACAGUAUCCCCCCCACCAGAUGCCACCUCCUCCCCCACAGCAUUGGCAGCAGAACCAGCCCCCGCCCCCUCCCCAGCACUAUGCUCCCCCGCCUCGCAUGCCCCCCCCUCCCCACCAUGGCGGAGCACCAGGGGGGGGCUAUGGUCCCCCGCCCCCCCAUGGGGGAGCACCAGGAAGGGGAUAUCCCCCCCCUCCCCACCACGGCGGAGCACCAGGGGGAGGAUAUCCGCCCCCUCCCCCUCAAGGCGGAGCACCAGGGGGAGGCUACCCUCCCCCUCCGCGCUACCCCACUCCUGGCGGCCCUCCCCCCGCCUAUCCCCCACCUGGCCAGGGUUACGCCAUGCCGCCUCCUCCCCCUCAGCCCCACCAAGGGGGGUGGCGGCCGGGGCAGCCCCCCCCUCCCCCUGCGCCUGGUGCAGGGGGGGCAGGUGGGGGUGGGCCAGGGCCCAACGUGAAUGUUCCUCCUCCGCCCCGACCACCCAUGGGGGGAGCUCCUCCUGGGGGCAGUGUGCUUGGGGCCGCCCCAGGGACAUAA